UGCUGGAAUGUUCAGAAACUGAACUAAACAAAAGAACGAUUUAUAACAUUACUAAUCGGCUAAGCUUUCUACCUAGUUGUCUUUCGUGGUAACUGAGUAUAUCAAUGUAGUCAUCUUUAAUUAGCCAGCUAACGUUAGCUUAAAUGUCGUUAGUUGGUUAUCCGGCUCGAUAAGUACUACUUACUUAGGCUAGACUAGUCUGACUAGUUAAGACAAAUUUAGAUGUUCACGUUAAGUGGCAUAUUUAGUCUUCAUUGUGAAAGUUAGCUGGUAGCUUGUAGUAGAAAAAACCAUUGUCAUUACUUAAGUCAAGUUGGUAAUGGAGAUCUAAGUAACGUUAGCAAAUAACAAACCAAAAGGGAUAAUGUAUGAUGUUUUCUUUAACGAGUACUUUCUGAAAACCCUGUGAGCUUCACGAUUACCGUAACUUCAGAUGCAGGGAAAAACGACGAGAUGGAAACGACGCUGAAAUUUACAUAUGUGGACAAAUAUCCGGAUGAGCCACCACUUUAUGAGAUACUCUCUCAGGAAAAUCUUGAGGAUGCAGAUGUUGAGGAUAUUCUGAGUUUGCUGCAACAGCAGGCUGAAGAAAACCUGGGAAUGGUCAUGAUCUUCACCCUGGUGACUGCUGUACAGGAGAAACUAAAUGAAAUGAUUGACCUGAUAAAGAAUAGAAGAGAGGAGGAAAAAAGGAAAAAAGAGGAGGAGGCAGAGGAAGCUGAGAAGGUGGCCUUCCAGGGUACUGUAGUAACGAUUGAGCAUUUCCUGUCGUGGAAAGCCAAAUUUGAGCAGGAAAUGGCAGAGCUGAGGAAGAAGAGACAGAAAGAGGAAGAGCAGUCUGGAAAGCCAAAGCUCACCGGGAAACAACUUUUUGAACGAGAUCAUAAUCUUGACACUUCGGACAUUCAGUUCCUGGAAGAUGCUGCAAACAGUGUGGAGGUAGAUGAGUCUCUGUUCCAGGACAUGGACGAUUUGGACCUGGACGAAGAUGACCCAGAUUUUGACCCUGUGUGUCUAGGGAGUGAUGAGGACUAGAGAGCAGAGUGAAAGAAAUAGUGUGGGAAUAGUCCCCAUUGGGAGGUCACAUGACCACUAGCACUAGUUCCAGAUGUGAACUCGGCUGCCCAUUGGCUGUAAUCAGUAAUGACAUCACUUCAUAAAAAGUAUUCGUACCCACCUGCUAAAAUCAUUGGACAGGACAUUCUUAUAUCUUUCUAAUAAGCCUACAGAUACAUCCAGCUAGCGAAUAAACCAUGUAUGACUUCCCUUCAAAUUCCCAGUGAUGUUUGAACAUGCAACUGAUUUGAACAGCACACUUUGGCUGGCGCAGCUGCAGUGGACCUGUGGCCAGCAGGGGGCAGCAUUGCUCCGUCUGAUCCCAAGCAUGGGGUCACUGCUUAGCGCAUGGGAAUAGUAUUUGCGCUAAAUAAAAAUGGUUGUUUCCUGAAACAGAACAAA